GACGUUACCAAAUAAUACAAUUUUAAAAUUUAAGGUUAGAUUACAAACAUUUUGUUCUAUGUUAUAAUAUUUAAUUAACAAAGAAACUAAACAAUAAUAGAAAAACUGAACUAACAUUAGUUUUUGAAUAGUGUAACAAAAUGAAGAAAGAAGAAGUUCAAGAAAUUUUCUUAAAAAUCCUGGAAGAAGAAGCAGACGUAUCAGCUGGUGUGGCGGCGAUAAAAACAUUUUUAACUGUGAUAGAAAAUUAUAAAGUAACAACAGUCCGAGAGCUGCACCUCAAUCUGCAAUUAGCUGUGGACGCCAUGAGACACUGUGACCAGCCUGUCACAGCUGUCUCCUCAGGAUGCAAGCUCUUCAUGAGGUUUAUCACCUUUGCAAAGUUAGAUGAUAAGUCAUUUGAAGAAUGUGAACAAAUAAUGUUGCAGAGAGGACAAAUCUUUUUAGACACACUAUUGGAAGCUCGGGGGAAAGUUGCUAAGCAAGCACUGCCAUUUAUUAGUGAUGGUUGUAAGAUACUUACACACUCACGCUCAAGAGUAGUGCUACAAGCUAUGUUAGAAGCUGCAAAGGCGAACAAGCGGUUUGAAGUAUUUGUCACAAUGUCAUGUCCUGACAACAGUGGAGAACGUAUGCAUAAAGAGUUAGUAGCUGCCGGUAUAGAAGCGACGCUCAUAUUAGAUGCAGCCGUGGGCUAUAUAAUGGAGCAAGUUGACAUCGUGAUGCUAGGCGCUGAAGGUGUAACGGAGAGUGGCGGUAUUAUAAAUAAGAUUGGUACAUAUACUAUAGCAAUGGCGGCACUAGAACUCAAGAAACCUGUUUACGUACUGACGGAAAGUUUCAAAUUCUCCAGAGUAUACCCCCUCAACCAACGGGACAUACCGAAAGAGUUCAAAUACCUCUCAAGCGUGCUCAGUUCUGGAAACCUUUCGAAACAGCAUCCUUUAGUGGACUACACACCUCCUGCAUAUAUCACCCUACUUUUUACCGACUUGGGCAUACUAACGCCAUCCGCUGUCAGUGAUGAACUAAUAAAAUUGUAUUUGUAACGUUUUUUGUAUAUUCUGAUACGUUCAAUAAAUUAUAUUAAUUA